ACUAUCGAUUCUGCUUGCACAUACGCCGACAAUCGACCGCAUACAUACACCAACACCGACCGGGAAUGACUACGCCGUUUCGUUUAAUGGUCAUACAGUGAACGUAAAAUGGGUCAGAAUCAAUCUGGUACUGGUGGUACCGGGGGUGACAGGAAGGAUGACAAAGAUAAGAAAAAGAAGUACGAACCUCCGAUUCCAACGAGAGUGGGAAAAAAGAAGAGACGUAUAAAGGGGCCUGAUGCUGCUUUGAAACUGCCGCAGGUCACUCCUCAUACUCGUUGCAGAUUGAAACUUUUGAAACUGGAACGUAUAAAAGAUUAUUUAUUAAUGGAAGAAGAGUUCAUUAGGAAUCAAGAGAGACUAAAGCCUCAGGAAGAGAAGAACGAAGAGGAGAGGUCCAAGGUCGAUGAUUUAAGAGGGACCCCAAUGUCUGUUGGGACAUUAGAAGAAAUAAUUGAUGAUAAUCAUGCGAUAGUUUCAACGUCUGUUGGUUCGGAGCAUUAUGUGUCUAUCUUAUCGUUUGUAGACAAAGAUCAGUUAGAACCUGGCUGUUCUGUCUUAUUGAAUCAUAAGGUUCACGCGGUUGUUGGAGUUCUGGGCGAUGACACAGAUCCUAUGGUUACCGUAAUGAAGCUGGAAAAAGCUCCGCAAGAGACCUAUGCCGACAUUGGCGGGUUGGAUACACAAAUUCAAGAAAUUAAGGAAUCUGUAGAACUGCCGUUAACUCAUCCAGAGUAUUAUGAAGAAAUGGGUAUCAAACCGCCUAAGGGAGUGAUACUUUAUGGACCUCCAGGAACUGGAAAGACAUUAUUAGCAAAAGCUGUAGCAAAUCAAACUUCUGCUACAUUUUUAAGAGUUGUUGGCUCAGAAUUGAUACAAAAGUACUUGGGCGAUGGACCAAAACUCGUGAGAGAAUUAUUUAGAGUUGCAGAAGAACAUGCCCCGUCAAUUGUAUUCAUAGACGAAAUAGAUGCUGUAGGUACAAAACGAUACGAUAGUAAUAGUGGAGGGGAACGUGAAAUUCAAAGAACUAUGUUGGAGCUUCUCAAUCAACUCGAUGGCUUUGAUAGUAGAGGAGAUGUCAAGGUUGUAAUGGCAACAAACAGAAUUGAAACUUUAGAUCCAGCAUUGAUCAGACCAGGUCGCAUCGACAGAAAAAUCGAAUUUCCAUUGCCUGAUGAAAAAACAAAGAGACGAAUCUUUGGCAUCCAUACCAAUAGAAUGACUUUAGCACCUGAUGUUAAUUUAGCAGAAUUGAUUAUGGCUAAGGAUGAUCUCUCGGGUGCAGACAUAAAGGCUAUAUGUACCGAAGCUGGUUUGAUGGCACUGCGAGAACGUCGUAUGAAAGUUACCAGCGAUGAUUUCAAAAAGUCUAAAGAAAGCGUUUUGUAUCGGAAGAAAGAGGGUUCGCCAGAAGGACUGUAUUUAUAAAAAUGCCACUAUUCUUUACUUACAAUUUAAUCAUAAAAUGUUACAAAUACUAAUAAAAACAUAUGAAAUACUAA